GUGAAUGAACUCGGACUGGGAAAGGACAUGUGGUACGUGCCGUUCGACAACAUUACGAAAAUCCUGGAGAUCUUCUACUUUACCGAGCUCCUCUACCUGACCGCCAUCGCGCUCACCAAGAUAUCGAUCUUGCUCUUCUACCUCCGCAUCUUUCCCCACAAGGGCCUUCGCCGCGCCAUCUACGUCACAAUUGUGCUCUGUGUUUUGUACAUAAUCGGAUUUGUCACAGCGACGGCCCUGCAAUGCAUUCCCGUUAAACAAGCAUGGCUUAGAUGGGAUGGCGAGCACCAUGGAAAAUGCACCAACUUGAACGCCAUUGCCUGGUUGUCGGCUGGUGUGAAUAUCGUUCUCGAUCUGUUCGUGAUCAUCCUGCCCAUGGGAGAGAUUAAGAAGUUGUCCAUGAGCCGCCGUCGCAGGUUUGGAGUCAUGCUCAUGUUUCUCGUUGGAGGCUUCAUGCUCCGCUUGAAGUACAUGGUGCAGUUCGCACACACGGAAAAUGUCACUUGGGACUACCUGCCCGUUGGCAUCUGGUCCGCGGUCGAAACCCACGUUGGCGUCAUCGUAGCCUGCAUGCCCGCCAUGCGUUCGCUGGAAGGCUCACUUCGCAACCGAUUCUUCCCCAGGACGCAGACCUCGACGACGUUCUCCGAAGAGAGCACGCGCAACAACAGCAGGAAGAAGAGCUACCCCUCAGGCAAGGGCAUGCUGAGCACUUUUACUCGAAGCACCGUAGGGAAGCCGGACAAAGAAGAGUUCAUGCGGUUGGACGGAUAUGAGUUACGCGGCAAGAGCGCACUCGACGACAGGGCGGCAACGUCGACUCCAUCGGAGAACUCAGUGACACGGUCGUUUGGGUCGAAUGAGGAUCAGCUGCCGCUGGCUACGGCGCCGGCGAUGGGAGGGCUGCCGCUCAGCGCCAUCAUGGUGCAGACGGAGUACAGUGUGGAUAGAGGGAGC